AAGGUUCUGAGAAUCUUCUCAGCGAGCUCCUAACUUAACCUAAAAAUUCCUUGCCAGGAGUUUUAGCUUAGAAGUGAUUCCAGAACAUUUUCAGUGAACUCUGAGCAAGGAAUGGAUGGAAAAUCCUAUCUUAGUGAGGAGGUGUGGUUGACCCCGUUGCUAGGUAUGAGUCAUCAUUUCAAAAGCCGUGAUUGGUUGAUCCUACAAGUUUGAUGGAAAUGAGCUUUUGGUGAGAAUGAGCAAAGGAUGUACCCUCAAAUCAAUAAACAUAAUUAUACACUCUAAUCUUAUGCUGACUGUAAUUGUAAAUAAUAUUUCACAUUCAAGAAAAUAUCUGGAAAAUGAAUAGUAAGCUGUAGGGGUUAUAGCCUAACAUUAGAAUCUAAAAUAUGUGAAAACUUAAACUCAUUACACCCUGUUCAAAUAAUGAUUCGUGUCUUAUUUGCUCAUAUUAAUAUCCUAGCUGGCAUAUUUUGUACUUUCACUCCCAUAUGGACCCCAUUGAAAACAAGAUGGCCUAUCUCAAGGGGCUGUCCAUAAUGAAGUAGAAAUCACAACGUUACAAGUCCAGUGUGGUCUUAACGAGGGUAACACGGCUCAGCUUUUAUCAAUGUCUGUGAUUGCUGGCUGGUCUAUUUAUAAAGGCUUGUUAACAAAUAUCUUACAAACACAGAAAAUGGAGAAAAAAAGGACUCGCAAGCCAAACUGGACUGAGGAGCAAGGUUUGUUGCUGGCCCAGUUGGUGAACGAACAUAAAGGUAUGUUACGAGGAAAAUUUAGCCCAACUGUCACUAGCCAAGGCAAGAGGCGCGCCUGGGACACAAUAUCCCAAACAAUCAAUGCCUCUUUUCCACUGGUGGUGCGGACAGGCGACGAUUGUAAGAAAAGGUGGUAUGUGCUGCAGUCCAAGGCAAAAGAUGAGAUUGCAGCACACAAGUGGGAAUCCUCACUCACAGGGGGUGGACCACCCGCAAAGCAGCUGUCCCAGGUGGCCGACACUGUCUUUCAAGUCCUGGGACACUCUGAGGUCAGUGUCACCGGGCUGCCAACAGGCAUUGACACAUCAAUGAUGCAGGCCCUCGAAGUGCAGCAAAGCAUGGAGCCAUCACAAGAACCGGGCCCAUCAAGUUGGCCGAUGAGAUUGCCGCCUGAACCAUCUGCAGCUGCUACUCAGGAUAGCGCGGCGGAUCAAACACCAUUCCCAUCCGCAGCACCUGCUCCGUCAGCAUCCCUGCAGGAGAGCAGAUUGCAACUCACAAUUGAUGUGUUUGAACAACAACAAAAAAAAAGUCCUUUCCCUUCAGGAGGAGUACUACCACCUUAAAAUUGAAUACCUAAAA